CGUGAGAAUGUGGUGAGAGGGAUUGUGAGAGUGUUGCACGGAAAGUCGGUGGUUGUGAAAAUCAGACUGCAGACUGUUUGGUCAGUCGUAGCGCAAACUCUUAAAGUUGAAGCGCUUUCGGUCCGUGAAGCCCGUCAUCUGCGGACACGCAUGCUUUUAUUUUUCAAGAUUUGAUGAGUACAUUUUUAAAAAACUAAAUAUAUUUGGAUGAUAGAGGUUUACAAAAUGACUUUUAAAAAAUACAAACAGAAAUUAAGACUUAAAAUAUCAACCCACCUGACUUGGAUCUCAUGUGAAGUAUCUUUUCCCAAUCACCUAUUGAAAAAAAAACCCACAAUGUGUCACGGUUGCUGAUUUAAUUUGCACCCUCUUGAGGAGAAGGAAUGCCCUUCCAAAAGUUCAAAUCAAAAUUCAAAUCUGGAGUUCAAUCGGGACUCAUUAGCAUAAUGAAAAUGUGGUGAUUUCAAUAUUUGAAACAAUUUGUGGACCAUAAAUUAAGUCUUUGUUGUGCAGUAGUGAUGAGGGGGAAAAAAAGGUGUCACCUCACCCUCUAGCAACACCUCCGAUUAAUUUCCUGUCUAGAGGGGGAGGCUUGAUGACUAAGGGGGGUCGAAAUGAGUUUAGUCAGUCAGUGUUCCACCUGCACGUCAAUCGCGAUGUAUCCUUACCACGCUGUAUUUGUUCUCCAGCUCUUUUUCUGCUUUACAGAGGCAACAGGCAGCAGCAUCGUGGGCGGAAAGGUGUCCGAGCCUCAUUCAAAAGCUUACAUGGCAUCGCUGCAGGUCCACGGAUCUCACAAUUGUGGUGGGGUACUAAUCCGUAAAGACUUUGUUCUGACUGCGGCCCAUUGCAAAUCUGAGAAAAUGACCGUCAUACUCGGAGCACACAACAUAAGCAAGCGUGAGAAAAGCCAACAACGGAUCAAGGUGGCCAAAUUUCAUCCUCAUCCACAAUACAAAGAGAAAAACUUCAGCAAUGACAUUAUGCUACUUAAGUUGCAACAUAAUGCCCAACUGAACAAGUACGUCAAAGUAUUAGAACUGCCCAAGAAGAAGAAGAAUUUGCCGGCCAAUACGACAUGUACUAUUGCUGGCUGGGGCCAAACUGUAAGCGGAGGUAAAAUGGGACUCGUGUCAGAUGUACUGAAGGAGACCACCGAGAAGACACAAUUCAACUUUGAGUGCAAACAUAUUUGGAAGGACUACUUUCAGACGGAAGUCAUGAUCUGCACCAAGCAUGAUCAGAAGGGCGGCUUUUGUUGGGGGGAUUCUGGAGGACCCCUAAUCUGCAAGAAAAAGCUUGAAGGAAUAGUAGCCUACGCUUACGAGCACAAUUGCACUAAUCCCAAGUAUCCGCAUGUCUUUACCAAAGUACACUCCUUCCUUCCUUGGAUUGAGAAAGUGAUGCAGGGGAAAACUACAGCAUGAGCCCGCUGUGUAUUCAGUCAAAUAUUGUUACUUGUUAUAUGGUUACUAGAUGGCAUGUUGACAUCGCUCUUAGUUCUUAGAAAAUAUGCCCAGCAGGUCAAAGAUCAUCCAUAACUUGUUUAUUUGUAUAAUCUAUAGUCGUCAAUCCUGCAAAAAGACAACAGGGCAUGUCUUGAUUGUGCUUUACUUAUAUUUGUCAUCUGUUAUUCUUACUUUUCAAUCUGACAUGAUUUUAAAUCAUUGAAAUAGAUAUGCAUUUUAAAGAUAAUUCUCCAUCCCUUUUAAAUGAAUCGACCUCAACAUAAUUCAGUGCUUCUCAAUUAUUUUCUGUUACGCCCCCCCCCUAGCAAGAAGAAAACUAUUCGCGCCCCCCCUCCCCACCGUGACUAUCCUAACUUGUCUUGUAAGUCGUAAAAUGUUGCACUGUCGCAAACGUGACAGAAGUAACAAUGAGAGCGCCACUGCCCCCUGCUGUAGUAAACGCGCACUUACACUUUAUUCUAGUACUGCCCAAAAAAAAGCCUGUUCCCCAGGGUCACACGCGCCCCCCCAGGAAUAGGGGCGCGCCCCACUAUUUGAGAAGCACUGACAUAAUUGUAUAUACGUAGGUAGUAUGGGCUUUGAGUUUGUCAAUAUAGUUUGAGCACACCUUUUCAGAAAGAUGAUUUUAGCAUGAGGCAGCUAUUACUAAAACAAAACAGGGCACAUUUGAUUGGUUUACACAGGAUUUAUUUAAAAGAUGAUUGGUUACAGUGAAAGUAUGUAAAUUACAAGUGUGGUGAGAGGGAUUGUAAGAGUGUUGUGCAGAAAGUCGGUGGUUGUGAAAAUCAGACUGCAGACUAUGUGGUCAGUCGUAGUGCAAACUCUUGAAGUUGAAGCGCUUUCGGUCCGUGAAGCCCGUCAUCUGCAGACACGCGUGCUUUUAUUUUUCAAGACUUUAUGAGUAUAUUUUUAAAAAGCUAAAUAUAUUUGGAUGAUAGAGGUUUACAAAAGGACUUUUAAAAAAUACAAACAGAAACAAAGACUUAAAAACAACAACCCACCUGACUUGGAUCUCUUGUGAAGUAUCUUUUCUCAA